AUGGAACACCUGAAUACGCCUGAAGAUGAGGAUAGACUCUGGAUAUUCUGUCAUGACGGCAACGAAUGGGGCAUGAAAUUAGUGCCGAGAGACGUUAGGGCGCAAUCUUAUUUGGACAACGCUGCGGCUGUUGGACGUCAGUUUUUAAAGAAAGGUGCCAAUGUCCGUCAGUUAUACGCUCUCCUGCGACAAUACAUGCUGGAACUUCCUCCCUCGACACUUCAAAUGUCUCUCACACCUCUCCCCUUGACUUCGGCUCUUCUCUUCCGCCCAAACCCUAUUAUGAAGGGUGCCUUUCAAUCUUCCUCCGGCAAAGAACUUGCCUUUCAAGUGACGGGUUGCCCACAAAAGCCUCAAUGCAUCACCUCAACCUCUGCCUAUGUGGCUGGGUCUUCCACCGAGCCUCUCUCUCUUCCUGCCAUGCCCCGUUCUUCUUCGCCCUUCCUUUCGAAGCUCAAGGGCAAGGAGGGGAAGAAGCGCAAGAAGAACAAGGGGAAGGGAAAGCAAGGCAAGGUCAGUACCGCCCCCGUCCCGCCCUCCACCGAAGAGAGCCCGGAUCAGCCAUCAUCACCCUCCUCCGAGGUUUCGCCAAAGAUCGAAACCCAAACCAGCGAAGAGAUGCCAGACUCUCUCUUGACCGGGAGCACACCAACUCCCACCUUCGAGGCCACCCCAGCAGCUCCUGCUGAGGUCGAGGUCACUGGUGAGGUAGCGGUGGACGUCGAAAGAGAGACCUUGGUGUCUCUUCCGGCCUCGCGACCCCUCACCUUCGAGACCACCUUGUCAGCUCACGCUGUCGAGAUCGAGGUCACUGGUGAGGCAGUCGUGGCGGAGAUAUCGCAGCUUCUCUUGGCUAGAACACCUCUCACCUUCGAGACCAUCACAGCAGACCCUCCUGCUGAGAUCGCGGUCACUGGUGAUGUGCUCGCCAACAUGGAGAUUACGACAUCUCCCUCUAUCCCACCACUCACCAUAGGGUCCACCGAAGCAGCUACAUACCCCGACUUCGACCUCACGAUGUGCCCAGAGUACCCACCAUACUGGCACAUCCACCAACACGGUAGUACCUACUACCAGUGGUGCCAUGAGGAUGGGCAUAUGGAGCCUGUCGACGUGACCACCCUGGAGCGAGACGACACCGUCCAAGUCUGUCUCUUCUACCCACCUUGCACUCAACACCACAAGCACAAAUCGUGCUGGUGCCCUGAAUGCGUGGGCAAUCUUCGAUUCUGUUGUUGCUUCCAUUACCCCCGGUACUGCAACUACACCUCCCCACCAGCGCCUGUUCUUCCCAACGAGCCGUGGUGGGCAGAGCAGUGGUUCUAUGAGCACCAGGCCCAGAUUGAGGACCAGUACACUGGGGCUGAGGCACGGGUACUGGAGCCUGAGAAGAAGGCCGCUGAGCCGACCGCCCCAGCCACGGUGAUGGUGGAGCCCGUCUCGGAGCCCCCUGGCGCUGACGAGCAGCCCAGCCCGGUAACCGAGAGCGAGGCAGCGGAGAAAACCGCCCCGAGGCCGAAAACGUCGGUACAAAUCGCGCGGAAGAAGAGAAAGAGCAAGCAGAAGCUGGGCAAGAAGUCUUCACCUACCACGCCCCUCCCCCCCACUCCUCGGAGACCUACCACGCCCCUCUCCUCCAAAAUGAAGACUUCGGUAUCUGAGGAGCCCAUGCCCACUGUGGCGGCGCUGCCCACUUUCGAGUGUGAGAAGACGCGCCGACCCGUAAGUGGUGCCCCUGGGUGCUUCAGCGAGCCACCCGACUUCGUUCCUCUUCCUUCUCUCUGCCCAUUUGUUUCAACCCGACGGGCUGCGAGCCAUAUCCGCCGUGUGUCCUGGCCGCUGACCCAGCUCAACAUCGAUAAAUCCUAUGUAUGA